AUGAUCAGCAACGGCCUUGGCAGGUUCUCCUCAGCACCAGCAAAGAGUGGCUCUGCAAGUAGUUUUGACUGCCGUAGGAUUUUUGGGAAGGAAAAUAAUACUAAAGGUUGGCUAACACAGGAAUACUUCUGUUAUGUGAAGGCAGUACCUGAUGAAAGUCAAGACAUCAUUGCUUCUGCUCAGUGCAUCUUGGACAGAGAAAAUUAUUUUGUGAGGGAGGUGGACAGGUAUUUGAGGCACAAUGAUUUCUUAAAUCUGAGAAAGAAGGAGAUCCUGUACAAGAAAUGGCUGGAGGAUGUGUCAGAGCCACUGCUGCAGAAAAUUGAGGACAAAAUGGACAGCCAGUCAAGCGAAGAAAUACGGAAAAGGAAAGAUGAACAACUGUCUCUCUAUUUGAACUACUGUAAAAAGAAGGGCUAUGUGGCUUUGGAAGUUUAUGACCCAACAGAAUAUGAUCCAUUCUUCCUGAAGACAUGUACAGACUGCUGGAAGGUUUCAAUACCAACUUUACAGGAUCCUCUGUUAAAAGACAUUCAAAGAAAGUUUAUAGAGACAGGCGUUAUCAAGCAGUGUGAGACAGGAAGACCCUACUCUACCAGAGAGUUGAAAAAACUCAUUAAAGCAGAACUGCCACUGCUUCCUUUGAGCCGGCAACGUAUGGAUGCAGUUGAGUGGCUGAAGAUACCACACGCCUACAUUGCCAGUGAGGUCCACCGAACAAAGAGGUAA